AAACCCUAAACCUCCGCGACCCAAUCCAAACUCCAUCCUCUCCUCCCUCCUCCUUCUUCUUCUUCUUCUUCCCCAAGCCCCUCUCCCCUCCCCUCUCGCCUCCUCUGCUCCGCGCCCCGCAUGCCCCGCGCGGCGAAACCCUAGACCUCGUGAUGCCACCGCGCCCCUCCCUCCAGUCGCUCCUCCUCAUGGCCGCCUCCGCUGCCGCCGGCGGGGACUCCGGCCUCCUCCUCGCCGCGCGCCGCCGCCUCCCCGCCGCCGCCCUCGCCGCGGGGGGCCACCGUAUCCGGCUGCUCCACGCCUUCUCCGCCGCGAGCCGGCGGGGGAGGCACGAGGUGGCCUGCUGCGUCAGGACUGAACCCGCGCCGCGGCCCGCCAGCCCCGUCGCCGUUCGCUCCAGGAGUGUUCAUUCAACGGAAAACUACAAAAAGGGUUGCGAGCAGCGACUAGGACAGUUAAUUGAGAGACUGAAGAAAGAAGGAAUAAGUCCAAAGCAAUGGAGGCUUGGUACUUAUCAACGAAUGAUGUGCCCAAAGUGCAAUGGGGGAUCUACUGAGGAGCCGAGCCUCAGUGUUAUGAUCCGAAUGGAUGGGAAAAAUGCUGCAUGGCAAUGUUUUAGAGCUAAUUGUGGUUGGAAGGGUUUUGUCGAGCCUGAUGGAGUUCUCAAACUAUCACAAGCAAAAAAUAAUACAGAAUGUGAAACGGACCAGGAUGGUGAAGCUAAUCUGGCAGUCAAUAAGGUUUACAGAAAAAUUUGUGAGGAGGACCUCCAUCUUGAGCCACUUUGCGAUGAGCUUGUAACAUACUUCUCAGAGAGAAUGAUAUCGCCAGAAACACUUCGGAGAAACAGCGUAAUGCAGCGUAACUGGAGUAAUAAGAUAGUUAUUGCUUUCACCUACAGGCGUGAUGGGGUCCUCGUUGGCUGCAAAUACAGGGAAGUCUCUAAGAAAUUUUCACAGGAAGCAAACACAGAGAAAAUUUUAUAUGGUCUGGACGAUAUAAAGCGAGCACGAGAUAUUAUCAUUGUUGAGGGUGAAAUUGAUAAGCUCUCAAUGGAAGAAGCUGGCUACCGUAAUUGUGUCAGUGUACCAGAUGGUGCACCACCGAAAGUAUCCAGCAAGCUCCCAGAUAAAGAUCAGGAUAAGAAGUACCAAUAUCUGUGGAAUUGCAAAGAAUAUCUUGACCCGGCGUCUAGGAUAAUACUGGCAACAGAUGCUGAUCCUCCAGGGCAGGCUCUGGCUGAGGAACUUGCUCGUCGUCUUGGUAAAGAAAGAUGCUGGAGGGUCAAUUGGCCAAAGAAGAACGAGAACGAAAUUUGCAAAGACGCAAAUGAGGUACUGAUGUUUUUAGGACCACAAGCAUUGAGAAAGGUUAUAGAAGACGCGGAACUGUAUCCCAUAAGAGGUCUUUUCUCCUUCAAAGAUUUCUUCCCUGAGAUCGAUAAUUAUUAUCUUGGAAUCCGUGGGGAUGAGCUUGGUGUUCCUACUGGAUGGAAAUCCAUGGAUGAGCUUUACAAGGUUGUUCCUGGGGAGUUGACUGUAGUAACAGGAGUGCCGAAUUCUGGUAAAAGUGAGUGGAUUGAUGCUUUACUGUGCAAUAUAAAUGACCAGGUUGGGUGGAAAUUCGUUCUGUGCUCAAUGGAAAACAAGGUCAGGGAGCAUGCUAGAAAGCUCUUAGAGAAGCGCAUUAAGAAACCAUUCUUUGAUGCUAGAUAUGGGGGCUCUGCAGAAAGAAUGAGUCUAGACGAAUUUGAAGAAGGCAAGCAAUGGCUGAAUGAAACAUUCCAUCUGAUCCGGUGUGAAGAUGAUUGCCUUCCAUCUGUUAAUUGGGUUCUCGAGCUUGCUAAAGCUGCAGUUCUAAGAUAUGGAGUGCGUGGUCUUGUGAUUGAUCCCUACAAUGAACUUGAUCACCAACGCCCCUCAAAUCAAACCGAAACAGAAUAUGUCAGUCAGAUGCUUACCAAGAUUAAGCGGUUUGCUCAGCACCAUUCUUGUCAUGUUUGGUUUGUUGCCCACCCUAGACAGCUUCAUAACUGGAAUGGUGGUCCUCCUAAUAUGUAUGACAUCAGUGGAAGCGCACAUUUCAUAAACAAAUGUGAUAAUGGAAUUGUCAUCCAUCGAAACAGGGAUCCAAACAGUGGCCCACUUGAUGUUGUGCAGGUUUGUGUGAGGAAGGUGCGCAACAAAGUGAUUGGACAAAUAGGAGAUGCUUUCUUGUCAUAUGAACGGGUUAGUGGUGAGUUCAGGGAUGCUGAUAAAGAUACUGCAAAGAAGGCUGCUGUUGCAGCCGCUAAUGUAGCAAAAGCCCCACAGAGGAAAGGAUAGAUCCGCUGAUUUGAUUUACUCACUCACUGACCGAUCGCACAAGGUGGAGCGAUAUUGUUCUUGAUGCUGCACACUACUGGAGACCGUGGCCAACUUCAUAUGCUGGAGCUGACUGGUCAGUAUUUUUUUUGCGACAAGACCCUUUGGAGGUCACCUGUCUGCUGCAGAAUUUGGUGGGAAGAUGGUUAACCUUGUUACAUGGCCUACAAGACAUUAUUUGGGCGAUGUAUAUCAAAGCAUCAAUUGUAGUUAAUUUUACACCAGGUGCUAUGAACAUAUUGGUGGAUUCUAUCAGUAGGGAAACUUCAUCAGAUUAUUAUGUACUAUGCCCUUCCAAAAGUUGUAGUUGCUGGAAGGGCGUUUAUUAAUCCAUCAGAUGUAUUUAUUCCAGGCUUCCACAUCUAUGAUCAGAAUCUAAUGAUUUUUUAUUACCCAAAUUGUGGAGUCUUAAGAUU